GAGGAUGAGAAGAGUAGCCUCGCCCUGUCUCUCAGCAAGAUGGAGUCCCAAAGUGCAGAACAGGAGCUGUCAGUCACCAAGCUACAGAGCCAGGAGGCUAGGCUAAGAGACUCUCUGGCCAAGAUGGCUGCCCUGAGUGAAGGCCUGGCCAACGACAAGGUGGAGCUCAACCGCAUCCUGCUACAGAUCGAGGGUGAGAAGGCGGAGGUAGGUGAGCGUCGUCGGGAGGCGGAGGGGGAGAGGGCUUCGGCCAGGGAGGAGAUGGGGAGGCUGCAGCAGGAGCUCCAGGACCUGACUGCUGACAGACGGGCCCUGGAGACCUCCUAUAGCCUCCUGCAGGAAAACAACCAGAGACUGGAGGCUGAACUGGCACUGCUGCGGAGGGAGAACAACCAAAUCCUGGAACAGCAUGCACAGGUCAAAGAGCAGGUCCACUCCCUGUCCGACCAACUGACCUCCAGCAGUAGAGAGCUGGACAGCCAGGCUGUGGCCCUACAGAGGGCCCACCGUGACCGAGAGGAUCUGGCCAAGGACAAGGCCAGUCUGGGGGUCCAGCUGACUGCUGCUGACCGCAGGGCCUGGGGCCUGGCACAGGAGCUGGCCAUUCUCAGAGCGGAGAAGGAGUCUCUAGAGACUUGUGUCUUUGAGGGCCAGGAGCUAGUGUCCUCUCUGGAGGGGGAGAGGAACAGGCUGGAGGGGGAGCGAAGCACCCUAACGCUGGCUGAUGAGGCCCUGACACGCGAGGUGGCCCGUUUAAAGGCGGAGGUUGAGCUGCAGGUGUCCCGGGCGGGGCAGGAGAGAAAGGUACUGGAGACCAAGCUGGCUGAGACAGAGAGGAACCACCAGAUCGCCCUCAGCAACAGAGAACACAGUCACAGAGAACAACUGGAGCAGGAACACAUUGAGAAGGAGCAGCAGUGUGUGGAGCUAACCCUGCAGAGGGAGCGUGCAGAGGCCCAGCUGCGUUCACACUGUGAGGAUCAGCGUCUACAGAGCCAGGCUGAGCUGCAGCAGCUGCGGCAGGAGAUGGUCCGCCUACAACAAGUCUGCAACCAUGGCCUCCUGCAGGCAGAGAGCACAAAACAGCAGGCCCUGUCCCAGAAGGAGGGGGAGAAGGCAGCCCUGACAGAGAGGCUGGCAGGCCUACAGCAGGCUCUGGAGACAGCAGGGAUGGAGAUGGAGAGAGGCAGGAGAGAUGCUCUGAGCCUUCAAGAACAGGACAAGGACACUAUAUCAGGUCUUCAGUGUGAGCUGCAGGCCCUGCGUUCUCGCUUCGAGGAGUCUCUAAGUUCCCAUGAGUCAUCAGAGAAGAGUCUGACUGAGCAGGUCAGAGAGCUCAACCAGCAGAGAGAAACGGCCCGACAUGAGGUGGAGGAUCUUCGGCGGGACCUCCAGGAGGCAGAGGAUGAGCGUGAUACAGGGCGGAAAGAGCUGAUCGAGGCCCAAAGGGAGCUGAGGGAGGUGACUCAGGAGAGGGACAACCAGAGGAAGGAGGUGCUGGACCUCAGGAGGCUGCUGGGGAACGAGAGCAGAGACAAGGAGGCCAUACACACCUCCAACCAGGAGCUCAGAGCUGCAGUGAAGAGAGCAGAGAACGACAACAACAGUCUGCGGCGUAGCCUGGAGGACAAGGAGCAGAAGGUGGUAGUCCUGGAGGUGUGUAAGACCUCCCAGCAGCAGGAAGUGUCCAAGCUGAGGAGCACCAUGAGAGAGCUGGAGAAGUCCCGACUGCAGGCACGCAGAGAGCUGCAGGAGCUACGCAGACAGGUGAAGAUCCUAGAGAGGGAGGCUGCCCAACAGAUGGAGGAGCUGGGAGAGCUGCAGGCCAGGGUGUGUCAGGAGGAGGUGAAGGAGGAGGAGGCGAGGAGGGAGGCCUUCAGUCUUAAACAGAGAGUCCUGGAGAGCGAGGCGGGCAGGGAGGCGGCCAUCAAGGAGGCCUGCGGGCUGCAGCGUCGUGUUGUGGAGCUGGAGGAUGCGGCGCGUCAGAUGAGGGAGGUGCUAGCGGAGAGAGAGGCGGGACUUCAACAGAGUCUCCUCCUCCACGGCGAAGAGACCUCAAAAUUAGUGGUAGCUCUAGAGGAGCAGGCUACUCAGGUCGGGGAGCUCACCCUGCAUGUUAGCUUGGCAGAGGGCCGCGCUCAGGGGCUGGAGGAGCAGCUAGGAGACGGGGAUGCCCAACGCAGGGAGCUGGAGCACAGGCUGGUCGGGCUGACCUCUGCCCUGAGACGAACCCUCGGGGUAGGCCGCACCGGACAGUCACAGACCCCUGGGUCCAGAGGACGCAGCCCCUCCCCCUGGAGAAGUCGCUCACCUGUGAAAGGUGAAACCAGCGGAUCUACAGGAGGUCCUGCGUCAUCCCCGUCCCGUAGCGAUGAGGGGGAGCUGGAUGUGGAGGUGGUGCAGAACGCCCUCAGGGACUUCCACCAGGAACUUAGAGACACGAAGAGAGACAGGGAUGAAGCUAAGGCCCAGGUGACCAGUCUGACCCGGCAGGUGGCUGAGCUACAGAACAGCCAGGACAAGUCAGGCACCAGGCUGCAGCAGCUGACUAAAGCCCUGAAGGAACUGGAGGAGGGGAAGAGAGAGGUGUCGGAGCAGCUGUACGGGGCUCAGACCUCCCUCUCCCUGCAGGAGGAAGUGACACGGCGAGGGGACAGGGACAGGAAGAGCUUGGCAGAGGAAGUAGCUAAACUCAAGACCAGUCUGCAGACCGCUGAUGCUGAUAGUAGGGCACUGCAGGAGAAGCUGGAUCGUUCUCGGGAUGGGGAGGCUCGCUGUGAGGGAGAGCGUCGGAGGCUGAAGGAGGCCCUGGAGACAGCGGAAAGCCGGGCGUCUCGUCUGGAGCUCACCCAGAAGACCCUAGAGGGAGAGCUGCAGCGGGCCCAGCGGAGAGCAGCCGAGCUGGAAGGAGAGGUGACAGCCCUGGGCGAGAGGCUAGCAGAGCUGAGGAGAGAGCUGGGGGAGACUGAGGACCGGGCGGCUGGGCUGAGGGUGAGCGAGGAGAGGCUGGCUAAGGCCCUGGCCUCGGCUGAGCUACAGGAGGGCCAGCUGAGAGAGCAGCUCCAGGGGUUGUCGGUCUCUCUCAGGGACAGUAGUGCCACUGCAGGAGCCAUGCAGGAGCAGACCACCCAGCUCCAGAGGGCUCUCACCGUCUCAGACCACGACCGCAGGAUCUUGCAGGAGCGUGUGGAUAAGCUGCGUAAAGCCCUGUCUGACUGUAAGAGACAGAACCAUUCCCUGACGGACAGGGUCCAGAGCCUCCAGAGGACCCAGGAGGACACUGAACUACGGGCCUCAGAGCUGGAGAAACAGACCUGGACUCUGAGGAAGGUAAGGGGGGCUAGUGGCCAGGAGGACACUGAACUACGGGCCUCAGAGCUGGAGAAACAGACCUGGACUCUGAGGAAGGUAAGGGGGGCUAGUGGCCAGGAGGACACUGAACUACGGGCCUCAGAGCUGGAGAAACAGACCUGGACUCUGAGGAAGACCGUGAAGCAAAAGCAGGAGUCUGCAGAGCUGGUGGCCCUGGAGAGCUCUACGCUACAGCAGAAGGAGAGGGAGGAGCUCCAGGAGAGGCUGUCCGGCCUCCACAUGACCCUGAAGAAGAUGGAGGGAGAGCGGGCAGAGCUGGAGAACAUGCUGGCCCGUCUGGGGAAAGACAAGGCUUCACUCAGGAAGACUCUGGAGAAGGUGGAGUUGGAGAUGUUGCGGAGGGAGGAGGAGGCAGCAUCAGCAGCCAGAGAGAGAGAACAGCUGGGACAGACAGUACUCAGCCUGGAGCAGGAACUCAACCACCAGCAGCUGGAGAUGCAGACACUACAGACCCAGAUGUCCCAGUUGGAGCGCUCCCAUGCACAGCACCUCAUGGAGCUUGAGUCCCACCAUCAUCAGGAGAUGGUCCUGGAGACAGAGAGACUGAGGGGGACACAGCUACAGGCAGAGAGGGCUCUGGAGACCAGGGAGAAGGCCCAUCGCCAGAGGGUCAGAGUCCUGGAGGAACAGGUGCUGACACUGAAGGAGCAGUUGGACCAGGAGAUGAGGAGGAGGCAGGCGUACGUCAACCAGAUACUGAGAUAAUGGGGUGGAGCUGGGGUGUAAGCUAGCCGGUGGUCCCCUGACCCCUGACCCUGAGAGGGUCAGUAUGGCACUCUGGGACAGUAGUAUAGUAUGUAUGUUGCUGGGUAGCAACAGACUAGUUUCUGCAGAACGCACAUACGCAUGUGCUGCUCUGGAAGCUGGAGGUGCCAGAUUAUUUAAAGGAUUUUCUCUGGCUAGACAGGCCACACGGUGCAGUUAAGUCUGUUACUGUUGUUGUCUCGGUUUGUCAAACAACACAAUGUGAAGAUAGACUCACACACACCCACACACACACACACACACACACACACACACACACACACACACACACACACACACACCCUAAGUAUGUUACUGUUGUCUCAGUUUGUCAAACAACACAAUGUGAAGAUAGACUCACACACACCCACACACACACACACACACACACACACACACAC